AUGUUCCGCAAUGAUUGGAAAUAUACAGCUAAUGCCAAAACUUUUGAAAGUAUAGACCUUUCGUUAUUCAGGAAUACAAAAUUUUGGACGGUUUUAAACUGUAUUAUCUUUGUAUGGGGUAUUAUUAUUUUGAAAUUUUUACUGUUUGCCUCUGAUAUAUAUACUUGUAUCAAGCUUCUGGCAUUCAAUUCGUGGUCAAACAACAUUAUCCAACCUUAUUUGCCGUUCCGCAUCUCAAAAUGGUUGUUUAGCAGUUGUAUAUUGGCCUCAGUCAUUCUAUUGAUAUGGGAAUUCAUCCGUGGUAUUAGAAUUUACAGAACAAGAAACAUUUCAUUGACAUAUGUGAACAAUUUCUCAAGGACAGCGUAUUCCAUGUUUGAUUAUUCCAAAUACUGCAUCUACUUCAAGAUAACACCAAAGGGUAAAUUUCAAAAGUCGGCAUUCUUUACAUUUUUCGAAUUAAAGGAUUCUUUAAGACUUCUAUUUGCAGAUACUCCAAGACAAGUUAUCAAUGGUCUUACAUUGUGGUCUGUGCUAAUUACUGUGAAUAACGAAAAUUCUAAUAUCGCUCAUGGUCAUUUAGAAAGUUUUAAUGGUCUAAUUACGAAGCUUAAAACGAUUGCCAAAACCAAUCACGAAGAAGCUGUUAUUUUAUCGUUCAUGUUAUUUUCAUUUGCCAUUUGGGCAAUUUUCAUCACCAAAUUGGCAAUUGCCAUGAUAAUGUCAGUUUACGUAUAUUACAAAUUAAUCCAAGGUCAGCAAUACAGUGGUCUUAAAGAAUUCGUUUGUGUUACUAUUAAUCAUAACGUGGAUGCUCUAGUGGAAAAGCAGAAGAAGAAAAAAGGUCUGAUGUCACAACCCUACAGAUUGAGUACACUUUCAAGAAGUAGCAUUUUUGAUGAUGAUAUUGAAAAUAAAGCAGCUACAUUUGCCACUUCUAGUGAAACUGCACUAUCGAAUCUCCACAACGAUUCUACAACGGCACUCAUCGAUUCUGGAAAUUUCAACGAUCAUAAGAAUCCAGGUUUAGCCAAGAUACCCACAAAUGGCUCUUGGGAUAGUAGAUAUGACCAAGAAGUGGAUCUAUCUCAAGAACCGUUGAAGACAACCUCAAUGAUUUACGAGAAUGACCGUGACAGAGAUAGAGUAGUCAUGUUUGAUGUAGCUAAGCACCUCAAAGGUCCUCGUUACAACAUUGUCGCUAUGCAUUCGUCUGAUAGUUUACCAUCAAGUGAAAGUCUUGUUAGUCAACAAGCACUUUUACGUCAAAAGAGUUUAAGCUCAUCAACAUCUUCUCAUAGAGCAAGACCACCGCCACCACCGCUGUUGGGAGCUCAAAAUAGCUAUAUGAGAUUAGCUCAGGAUGAAAAUCCCGAAUAUGAACGUAUCUAUACACCACUUAGAGCCUACACCAGAGAUGGUGAAACGAGAAAUAAUAGAUUCCCAGAUCGUUAUAACAGCCUACUGGAUAGGAGGGAAAGAAUUGCAAACGAGGACUAUGGGCAUUAUCUUAACAGGCAUAAGUACUGA